CACGAAGAAAAGCGCAGACGCUUUUGUCGUGUUCGCCCGUGGCCGUCGAUCGUGUCAUCGACUGAUUGUGCGAGAGUAGUGUUAAAGUAGUUUGCGGUACUCGGGGAGAGAAAGCCAUGGGGCUCGCGAGGGCGGCCGUCUUCGCCGGCUGUCUCCUUCUCUUCCUGGCGGUCGACGCCUCAGGCAGCAAAUGUACAGUCGGCUGCCGUGGAAUGCAAGGAGGUAAAGGCUAUGAAGAAGGGCACACAUAUAUAUACGAUUUGGAAGGAACGUCUGUAACAUCGGUCCCUAAUGCUCAGGGUGAUGCUACUUUGAAAUUGAAGGGUACUGUUGAGUUGUCGGUCAAACCUGACUGCAUUCGGCAGGUCCGAUUAAAAGGCGUAUCAAUUAAUGGAGCCCCAAUAUUAUUGUCAGAUAUUGAAAAAUACGCGUUGCAAUUCAACUAUCACAAUGGCCAUAUAGAUACGGAAGUUUGUACCGAAACCGGUGACUCACAGGCGUCUCUCAAUAUCAAGAGAGCGGUCGCUUCCCUAUUUCAAUCAGCUGUUAUACAAGAAUCUGGGUCUACAACUCAUCAUGAGGUCGACGUGUUCGGUGGCUGUCCGACUGACUUUACCUUCCACAAGGAUGGCGACUCGUUGGUGAUACAGAAGGAGAGAAAUCUGAUCCGUUGCUCCCAUCGCGAGAGCAUCAGAAACAGUCCCGUGUCCGCGAUCUACGAUCAGAAAUCUGACAUUCAAUCUGCCCCGUUGCUGUCGUCGCGCCAGACGAUCGAACAACGUUUCAAACGCGGUAUUCUGAACAAAGCAACUUCGGUCGAGACGUACAAAUUGAAACCUUGGAGCAACGGAGACAUCAGCGCUAAGACGAUUGUGCAAACCACUCUGACGCUCAAGGGUGAAAAGGGUGACAGCCCGAAUGCUCCGGUUUCCCAACCGAAAUCUCUGAUCUUCGAAGCGCCGCAUUCCGUCGUUAAAUCGUCGGUCGACAGUAUCACCGCGGCUAUAAAGGCAGCGAGCGCCGAGGAACACGACGGUGUGAAACAUGACGCGGCGGAGAAGUUUGCAAAACUCGUUAAGAUUCUUCGUCUCAGCAGCAAAAAUGAUAUCAUCGCAAUCUAUCAAAAGGUAAAAAACGGCAACGGUUUCGACAAAGUCUUGGACAAGAAAAUCUUUAUGGAUGCCCUUAUGGAUACCGGAACGGGCGAGGCCGCGGAGGUAGCCGUGAACCUGCUGAAGAGUCACGAGCUUACCAGCACCCAGGCUCUCAUGUUUUAUGCUAAUCUCGCUCUCGUCAAUCAUGUGAACUUACCGUCGGUAAGUGUCGUCACUUCUCUCCUUGAUCAGCCAGACUUACCGCGUCUUGGCUAUCUUGGAGUCGGUCAAGUGAUCGGCAAGUACUGCCAAGAACACACUUGCGAGAACGUAGCUGAAGUCAAGCAGGCCGUUCAUAAAAUUCGCGAAAAGGUCGGCAAUGGAAAGGCGAAAACCAGAGAGCAAGAGAACCUCGUAGUCUCAGCUCUGAAAGCACUUGGUAAUACCAAAUAUCUCGACGAUGCCACACUGCAGAAACUGGCCGGUAUCGCUGAGGACAAGAAUGUUCGGAAUCGAGUCAGAGUUGCCGCGAUCGAGACUCUGCCUACUCGCUGCACCAUGAAAUGGAAAAAUAUUCUUUUGAAAAUCCUGGCCGAUCGCGAAGAGGACAGUGAGAUCAGAAUUAAAUCCUACUUAUCUUUGGUUGCUUGCCCUUGCCAGCAUGUUGCCAGCGGUCUUAAAGAUGUUUUGGACAAAGAAACUAUCAAUCAGGUAGGAUCUUUCAUCCAGAGUCAUUUGCGUAAUCUACGAGCAUCCGUCGAUCCGAACAAAGCUGAAGCGAAGAGGCAUCUCGGUCAGAUCAAACCUCGAACCAAAUUCCCAGAGGACUUCCGCAAAUUUUCCUUCAACAAUGAAUUAUCGUACAACAUGGGUGGUAUCGGAAUCGGUGAUUCCAUAGAGAGCAACGUCAUCUACAGCCAGAAUAGCUUUGUACCACGUUCCAUCAAUCUAAAUCUGACCUCUGAGGUAUUUGGAAGAUCUUUCAAUUUCUUGGAACUCAACACGCGCAUCGAGAACCUCGAUAGAUUGCUCGAAUACUACUUUGGACCCAAAGGCCGCUUGACACAGGAUGAGAUGGAAGAUUUAGUAGAGAAAGGAGCACAUAAGGUAGAGAAUAUUGCUCAAUACAUCAAACAGAAGGUUAAUAAAUUGCGCGGCAAGCGUGAAGUUAAACAGGGAGAACUCGACAAAUUCGCCAAAGGUGUGAAAUUAAGGAACAAUGAGGUAGAUCAGCAACUUGACAUAGACCUGUCCGUCAAGCUGUUUGGCGUCGAAAUGGCCUACCUGACCUACGACGGAAAUCCUACACAGUUCACGCCGGAACGUAUCAUCGAUAAGAUAUUUGACGACCUCGAGGGCGGAUUCAACAAGUUGAAGAACUUCGACAACAAUUGGCAGAAUCACAUGCAGUUCCUCGAAGCGGAGGUCGUUUAUCCGACUAAUCUCGGUAUGUCUCUUUCUCUCAACGUGGUCGGCACCAGCGUGGUUCAUAUCAAAACAUACGGGAGGGUGGAUAUUCCGGCUAUCUUAAAGAACCCGGACAGCGCUGAUGUACGAUUUGGCUUGGAGCCCAGUGCUUCUAUUCGUAUUGCCGGUAAUAUGGUCGUUAAAGGAUUUGAUAUCGAGACCGGUAUGAAGAUUGUCAGUACGUUACACACUGAUACAGCGUCGGAUGUGACAGUGAAAUUGUUGGAUGGCAAAGGUAUCGAUAUAGUCAUUGGCAUGCCAAAGAAAAAGGAAUUUAUAAGCGUUAGUAGUGAGAUUUUGCUAAGUUCUGGUAAUACGUAUAAGGCUCCCAAAUUUGGUAAAAGCAAGGUAUACAAAGACUGCUUCGAACAACUCGCUCCUAUUUUGGGUAUAACAGUUUGUGGUCACGUGGAAUUCCCCUAUGAUGGCAUCGAAUCGGUGCAGAAGAGAGCUUUCUUCCCUCUAAAUGGUCCAUCGAAAUUCAGUAUUAAUUAUGAGAACAAUGAUCUGCCGAGUAUUCAUCUCAAAAUCUAUCACGACAAAACACCCAACUCUAGAUCGUUUGAACUUUUGAUAGAGACGCCUAACAGCAAAACCAACAGACGUAUAUCUUUGAACGCCGAAGCAGGUCUCGAGCCCAAUAAACAUCUCAAACUGUCUUUCGAUUCUCCCUUCAAGAAAGCCUCCGUUGAAGCAGUUCUAAAGAUUGAGCCUCAAGAGCACACACUCACAGUCACCGUACACAAUGAUAACCAGGAAUACUUCGCGCGCACUGGUCUCUUGGUCAACGGUGCUAAAUACAAGCCAAUUUUGGAAUACAAAGUACCAGAACACAUCGAGAAAUUGGCAAGUGCCAAAUCUGGAUUGAAAUCGUCCAAUCACGGCGGCCAGCAGUAUCAGAUGCAAGGUACCGUAGAACUACUCGAUCAUGACGGUGGCAAAAAGUAUGUUUUCGACAAGGUAGCUCUCGUCGCGAGCGGCCAAACACUUGCCAGUCUCGAUGGUUACGUUCAUUCUGCAAAAGAUGCUGUCGACCUGGACAUGAAAGUGAAUUAUGGUGACGAAUCUGUCGCUCUUAAAUUGCAAGCGAAGAGGAAAGAGGAUCAUUACCUCUCGGUCAGUGUCUCGGCAUUGCCGUCGAAGGAUCCCAAUAUCGGUUUCAACAUCCAGUCUGAAAUUGAAAAGGAAAUGUACGCGUACAAAUACAAUCUGGUCUUCAUCCACGGUCCAGAUCCGAAUUCCAAGAUAAACCGUUUCAGUCUUGAACAUCACGCCAUCACCAAACCGAAUACGAAUGGGCUGAACUUCGUCGUGGGUGCAUCUACCAAAAUCUCAUAUCCCGCCAUGAAGUUCAAACUGGAUCUCGUAGGUAAGGUAAGGCCCACUUCUAUCGAAAGCGAGAUCGGCCUGACUUACGAUAAGUUCAAGUUUGGUUCGAAGCUGUCCGCCGAACGAGACAUGAAGAAGGUGGGCGAUUACGAAGUCGAAUUCGAAGGCGAACUUCUGCAGAAUAGUAUCAAAUUGGAGUCCAAGCGUACAAUUAUUGAUCCACACAAGAGCAAAUACAAGAACAAGCUCGAGCUUGUACCAGGUGGCAAAUACGAAGCCGACGCACUGGUCACAUACAAUUGCGACAAGAGUAAUAAAAAUAUAAACAUUGAACUAGAUAGCGAUCUGAAGAUAAAUGACAAGAAGAUCAAAGUCUUCGGCAAUUUGAAAGCCGAACGUCCGAAUAACGUUCAGUCAAACGCGUACGUCACCGCCAACGAUGUCAAGUAUCUCGACUUCCAGCUUAAAUUGCAACAACAGGGCAAAUAUCCUCAGGGUAAUCUGAAUUUGGACAUGAAGAACUAUCUUAAUGUCGUAGGAGAGAUGUCAGUCCGGAACGGCAAAGGUAAUGCGCAGCUCUACAUUGACUUGCCGAAGAUCAACCGGAAGAUCAAAGGAACUGGCGAUAUGAUGAUUACCGACACACAACACAAUGCGGACUUCGAGCUGUUGUUCGAUGCAGAGAAAGACCCAAAUAAACGUAUCAAAUUGUCCACCAAAAACGAUAUAAAGAAGAAUGCUAUAGACUCGAAAAACGUGAUCGAGCUGAUGAAACAUAAGUUAGAACUGAAUGGCAAGGGUAAAUUAGAUGGUACUCUCAAAGAGGGUGAACUGACCCUUGAGGGAGACAUUACUCUGCCGAAGGGUCGUUAUUUGACUGCUAACUUCAAACGUAUAUCCAAAAAGAAUGAUAAAAACAAGUAUGAUGUGCAUCUAAGUGGCGAGCUUGCGGACCAUGAAUCUAAGGGCGGUAAAUCGCGAAAACUCACGUAUGUUGAGGACACUAAUGACUUCGACUUCAAAACAAACACGUUCGACACCAACUUUCAAGCAAAUUUCAUCAACUACGACGGUAAUAGUGAACAGCUUGAGUUGAAGGUCAAGAAUCUCCAGAACACUGACGGUCAUAAGGAAGUACAAGGGAUCUUCCUGAAUCUGUCAGGAUCGCGUACUCCACGACCAUUCAAUCUGCAAUACGAAUGUACCGAAAAUGAUAACGGCGAGAUUUCAUACAAAGGUGCUUCUUCCUUUGGAAAAGAUUUCCAACUCAAGAGUUCCGGAAACUUUGUUCCCGGCAACGACAUUGACAAGCCCUGCACGUACAAAGGCAACACGGAGUUGAUAUUGCCAUCCGAGAAGUUGCGUAACAUCAAGCUCGACUACACAGACAGUCUGCUGAUCCAGCAACAGAGCGAUGGUAUUAUCGAUUACAAGGGAUCAGUGGCGAUCGUUUACAACGAUGAUAAAUCUGCCAAGAUCGAUAAAGCUGUCAAGAUAUCCGGUAUUGGCGACGGCGAGCAUCUUUACGAGUACGAUCUGCAGCUCAAUAUGGUUAUUCUCAAUUAUCCACCUAUCAGUAUCCAGGAUCACUUCAAAUACGAACCCACCAGCGACAAGGUGACGGUCACUUACAACACGAUCCUCAAGUACGAUCAGAAGGAGCUAACCCUCUCGCUCAACCCCGUCACGUAUGAUCACGAUUUGACGCACAUUGACGUAAAGGCCAAGGUCACCACCCCAUACGAAAAGCUGCAUAAUAUCGACCUUGAACUCAAGCAUGAGAGAGAAAAUGACGGGCACGUAAGGAAGACCGACGCGGCCUUGACCGUCGACGAUGGAAAGUACACGCUCAAGAGUGAAAUUCGAGACGGCGGUGUUUCUCCGCUGAUGCACAUAAUUUUCACUAGCCCAAAAGGAAAGACCGAGCUACUCUCGAAAUUCGAGAAACUUGGCGAGCAGGAGUACACAGGCGAAUGGAAGAUUGAGACGCCAAAGGGCUUCGCCGUUGCCGACGCGCACGUCAAUCUAGAUAGCAUCGACAAUUUCGUUAUUAACGUUAAUUUGGACAGCGACAAGCUCAAGCAUCGUAAGAUUCACGCCGAAAUCGCUAACAGACCCACCGCCAAAACCGGCAGACGAAUAAUUAUCAUCGUCACCAGCGACGGCAAGAACAUCGUGACCGGAAGCACGAACUACAAGAAACGCGACGAAGCCGGCAAAAUCACCAUUGAGGGAAGCGGCAAUCUCAAGGUAGGCGAGAACACGAGGAGUUCCUCCUUUACGUAUACUCGCCAGCGAUUGACUCGCGAGAAGGAUGGCGAAAAUGGCGUGGUAAUCGUCCUGAACGCCAAGUUCGAUCCAGCGGCUAUUGUGGGCGAGCUGAAGCUCUCGAAUAAGGAGCUCCUCAUUUUCAAUAGUUAUUGCGAGCAAAGCAAGGAUUGCGCUCACUUCAAGCUUCAAUCGAACUUCGACACGGACAACAAGAAUUACCUGAAUCAUCAAAUAACAGUGGAAGUAGACCUAAAGAAAUUCAAUGUGCCAGCCGAAUUUGGAUUGAGGACAAGCACUGAACUCAAAGAUUCCAAAUUUGAUCAUUCUGCCAACUUGUACUUGCACUCGUCGAAAGACAAGUCCCAGUAUUCUUACAAAGUCUACGUUCAUCCUAAGGAAAGCGCUGCCAUUUUGACUUUGCCUAACCGUGAACUGGCCGUUAUUGGCACAUUCGAUUUGCCGAAGACGAAGCAAACUGGAGCGUUCAAAGUCGAUGUUUCCGUUUACUUGGACAGAAAGAACAAGCCAUCCGACAAGACCGGUGUGAUCGCCACUGGCGAUGUUAAUAUCGAGAAGGACAGCGGAUCUAUUAAUGGAGAAAUCAAAUUCAUAUAUCCGUCUCAGCCAAAGGAUAUGGCAGUAAAAGGUAAACUUCACUACGGCGGCGAACACCUGCUGGAUGCGAAUGUGGAUAUCGAUGUAUUCGCCAAGAGGACGCAAAAGAUCAACGUGGUGGCGAAGCUGAACCAACAUAACAUCGAGAAAGGUCACAACGUCACCAGCGUAAUCGAAGUGAACAGCCGUGGGCAACAACUCAAAUUCGAUUUGAAAUCGCACGCGGCGUUGUCGGAGAACAAGAUCGGCUUCGGCAGCAUGUUGUCAUACAUCGACUCGCAUCAAAAACCAAAAAGCAUGGGCAUUCUGUUCGCUGCGGAUCCCACGACGGCGUACCUUCUUAUAACUUCACCUAAUAAGGAAAUCCUCAGAGUCGACGCUAAACUAGAAUUAAAGAAAAACCUGCAGAAACUUAACACGGAAGUCGCGAUUGUGGGCAACAAACCUAUCGUAUCUCAGUUCGAAGCACAUGAUUGGAACAGCUUCACAUAUACGGAAUAUGAUCAAGAUGAACCUAAUACAAAGCUCGUCGUCAACGGGCGCCUCGUUCUCGGGCAAUUGGCCGAAAUUCAUGCCGAUAUGUUCAAGGAUGGAACGAAGCAGAAUCUAUUUCACGGUUUGAUCCAUCUUGAUGAAAAGAAGUUCUUGAAACCUGACUUUGGUUAUAACAAGGACAAUGUUGUCCAUGUAAUCGAAGAGGAACGACGCCGCGGCAUCGAGCUAAUGAAACAACUCAAAGAUGCCUCUAUCGAAAUAGUCAACGAAUUAGAACAAGAACUGAAAAGUUUUGUGGAACAUUUGAAGAAGGCUCAACCGAACAUGAAGGCACUCUUGGAAUAUUACGAAAGUGAACUUAAUAAACUGAAGACCGAACUCCAUGCUGACCAAACCAUGAAAGAUAUACAAGCUACUUUGCACAAAUACUUUGGAGCUAUCAUCUUAGCCGUAGGGGAUACCUUGAAACAAAUAUCCGCGCGAUUAAACGAACUUCAGAAAGAGUACAAUGAACUAGUUGCCAAGAUGGAAGACGCAUGGAAUACGGUUUAUCCUCAGUUGAAAGAAUCCUACAACAGGAUAGUCAACGCAUACAUCAAAAUCGUCGAUACUAUUGUCGAAUUUUCUAUGGUCCAGCUUAAGAUGUUACUCACCGUGAUUAAUGACCAUCAGAAGGAGCUGAAAGAAUUAGCGGUCAUGGCUUCCGAAGUUGCUCAGGACAUCGCUAAGGUCAUAUUCAAGGCGAUUGCUCAGAUCAACAAGGACGUCGACGAAUUCGUCGUCUUGUUGAAGAAUCAAAUGAAAGCUUUGCCGAUCUACGAUCUCAUAAAAGAGCAGUAUCAGGAUGUUAUAAACUUCCAAGUUCCGGAAAGCGUAUUGGCCUCAAUCCACGAACUCAGCGAGGCCAUAAAGGCCAUGCUACCAACUGAGGAACUUCGACAGCUCUUCAGCGCUACUUAUGAAUACAUCAUGAAGCACGUCAAACACGAGAAAGUUGACGAUACCAGCGAGAUUAAGAAGAUUUAUGAUUACACGCUCAACGCAAUCGCGUCUCUCGUUAAACUUCUGGAAACCAGCGGCACACUGGAUAACCUGAUGGGCAGCUUGUUUGAUACUCAUCUUCCCGAAUUAGAAAUGUUAAUGAAAUUGCCAGCGGUCACCUCAUUCAAAAUGUCUCUCAUUAAUCUGAUACGCAAUAACGAACUGCCAUCAGCCAUGGAUCUGUACUAUACCUACAGACCAACUUUGCUGCCUUCCAACAUUAUACCGCCCUUCAGCAAGUUCGGUACCGUUGUCGACGGAGGACAUUUCUUCACCUUUGACGGCAAUUACCUCAGCAUGCCCGGUGACUGUACCUAUAUCUUGGCUCAGGACAUGCAAGAUGGCAAUUUCUCCGUCGUCGCCAACUUCAACAAAGGAAAUCUCAUUAGCGUGACCGUUACGGAGCCUAAAGAGAGCAUCACGCUGAAGAACAAUGGCAACAUCCUGGUGAACAACAAGCCAGCCGAGUUCCCAGCCAACACGAAGAACCUGCACGCGUUCCUCAUCAUGCCGACUAUGAACGUCAAGUCCGACUACGGUGUGCACGUCAUAUGCAGCAAACUACAUAUGGUUUGCGCGAUCCACGUGUCCGGCUUUUAUCACGGAAAACUACGCGGUCUUCUCGGUGAUGGCAACAACGAACAUUACGACGACUUCACGUUGCCGUCCGGAAAGAUUACCGAGAGCGAGACUGAAUUUGCUAACGGAUACAAACUGAAGCCCGAUUGCGCGGCUGUGAAUGCGAUCGAUCACAAGACGAGGCAACGUAAUCCAGUCUGCACUGACUAUUUCUCCGGUCAGAAGUCUACAUUGAAAAACUGUUUCAACUACGUUAAUCCGACUCAUUACCGAGACGCUUGCGACGCUGCCGCUAACGGAAAUCCGCAAGCUCCCUGCACGCUUGCUGUUGCUUACUUCUCCGCUUGCUAUUAUAAGCGUAUUUUCGGAAUAAGCAUUCCACCCGCUUGCACAAACUGCAAAGUUGGUGGAGAUACGAUCGCCAUCGGUGAUACUUUUAGCGUCAAAAACCCGAAGACUCAAGCCGAUAUUGUCCUGGUAGUCGAACAAAGUACGGAAAAUGAGAAAGUUUUUAAAGAUUUGAUUCCAACGUUGGUGGCCGAUCUGAGGGAGGAAUUCAAACAACAUGGCAUAACAGACGUCCAUAUUGCCUUAAUCGGUUUCGGCGACCACAUGAAGUGGCCGCAACAUUACACCACUAACGGCGGCAAUACUAACAUCGAAGGCGAUGUGAAGAACAUGAAAUUCGAGACAGAGCCAAUACUCAGUCUCGAGGAGGCCAAAAAGGGUAAUAUGGAGAAGAAAAUGCAAUAUCUCGAACAAAGAAUAGAUCUGGAGUUCGGUUCCUUCAGCUUAUCCGAUGCUUACGAGGAAGCCGUUGGCUAUCCGUUUAGACCUGCUGCAGUCAAGGCUGUCGUUGGAAUCUUGACCUUUGCCUGCGAACAAAGUGUACUGCCUCUAUCGUAUCAACAAUUCAGGCUUCUAAUCGCACAGAAGAUAUACCGAGAUUUAGGUCUGACUUUCUAUCAAGUGCAUCCUAGCGAUAUCCAAGUCUCUGGCAAAACGCAAAAGAACAUUGUUGGUUACGAUAGCGAUAGUGUAUACGUAUUCGGUGACAGUAAAAAGAAGCCACUGACUGGAAACACCGAUCUUAGAAACAAUAUAGUCCUUCCUACAUUUGACGUGUGUGCCGACUUUGCUGUCCGGAAUGGUGGAGCAGUGUUCAGUUCCAGCAAUUUAGUGGAUGCUAAACCAAAUCAGAAGAGGCAGUUCGCUCAAGUUACCGCUAGAAAAAUCGUUGAGGAUCUUACGAAUGUAGAAAUCGAACAGGAUUGUACGUGUGAACAACAUCACGGAUUCGGUGGACGUCCGCGUUGUAAGAUUGUGGGACGCAAGGAAAAGGAACAACUCGCGAGACACACGAAGGGAGGAGUAAAGGGUUAAAGGAGCCACAGUACUAUGCAUACUAUUAUUACUAAUUAAUUUAGAUGUAAUGUAUUUGUUACUUUGUUACAUUAUCGUAAACAAUCCUUUUGAAUAAUAAAUGAUAUAAUUGCGUCAUCCGAUCAAUACUGCUGAUGUUCCAUAAGUCGAAAAGAAUAUCAACUGCAAGAUUCGAGUUGUAUCUCACAAUAAUUUCUUUCAUUUUCUAGAUCUAACAUAUGCAAAUUAAAUAUGCAAAUUAAUACAAAUACAAUGAAUUGGUGUACGAUUUAUCAAUGUACCAGCGAUGUUUUACAGAGAAAAAUAAACAUUCAACAUAUUGUUUGUAUGUAAUAAAAA